UUGUGCGCUGCUGUGUGUGGCUCGUAGUUCUGGGCUGGGCUUUCAGUCCUCCAGGCCUUUGCUUUAGGGCCGUGUUCCCGCGUUUCUUUAGCGUCUCAGAAGCCCGUGUCUUUCCAGAAUACGGUUUCAUUGGGAGGUGAAGGUCAAUGCGGAGCUGUCCGAUGCCUUAUGGUGAAAUUGAAGCUAAAUCCUUGGGAUAUGGGGAAGAUCUAACAAGUGAACCAUGCCAUAAAAAAUUGAAGUUAACCCAAGAGUCUUUUGUUUUCCCCCAUCAUGGUAGUUCUAAUUUUCACAGAGUCCAAGAUAAAGUUGGAAAUGAUUGGAUUCCUUUGACCAUCAUUGAUGUCAGAGGACAUAGUUCUCCUCAGGAGGACAAUGCCAAAACUAAAGAUUUGCUGAAACCUAUGCAUGAUGAGAGGCCUGCUGAUAGACCAGCUGUUGAAUCCAUUGAUUCACAAGUUUUACAGGCUGCAAGUCCUCCAUUGGUAUCCACAGAUGAUGAGAUAUAUAGCACAAGUAAAGCAUUUAUAGGACCCAUUUACAAACCCACUCAGGAAAAGAAAUGUAAGGAAAGGAAGAAUCAAGCAGACACUAUCAAUGGUAUAGAUGGCAAAGGAGGACAAGAAAAGAAACAGAAAUUUAACUGCAAAAAAUCAGAGAUUGAUAAUGAGUUAUUCCAGUUUUACAAAGAAAUUGAAGAGCUUGAAAAUGAAAAAGAUGAUUUGGAAGGCAGUUAUAAGGAACCUGAACCCUCUGAGGAACAAUUUAUUUCAUAUUACCAAAGCCAUAAUAAUGAUCUGAUCAAAUACGAAGAAGAAAAGAAAAGAGAUUUUACUAAUGCUCUUCAGUCACAUUGUGGUUAUCAACAGUACAUGGGGAAUGAGCCAGGCAAAUAUUCUUGUCGUGGACAAGAAAUACCUACAUUUUGUGAUGUGUCCUUUACUUCCUUCAGGCCUGAAUGGCAAUCAGUGCAUUCUUUUAUAGUACCCCGAGGUCCUCCUCUUCCCAGUUUUAACUAUUUAAAUAUUCAAAGAUUCAAUGCUCCACCAAGUCUAUCAAAUAUUUUCCAUGCCCAAGAUGGCCCUCAGAUUCGAAAUGGAUGUUAUGUAAAUAAUUGUCACAUUAAUUGGAAUUGUUUGACUUUUGAUCAAAACAAUGAAUAUACUGACUAUAGUGAGAAUGUCAUUAGUGAUCUUCCCUAUGGAAAUGGCUACACUGUACAAGAUGGGUAUGUGAAUAAUGGUUUCUGUGAAACCAGUGAAGGAUGCUGGAAAGAUCCUUUGAUGGGCAAGCAUAAUCGAACAGACAGGUUUAUGAACCAGCAGUUUCAAGAGGAAAAGUUAAAUAAAUUACAGAAGUUACUUAUUCUUUUAAGAGGCUUGCCUGGUUCUGGGAAAACAACAUUAUCUCGAAUUCUGCUUGGGCAGAGUCGUGAUGGCAUUGUGUUCAGCACUGAUGACUAUUUUCACAAUCAAGAUGGGUACAGGUAUAAUGUUAAUCAACUUGAUGAUGCCCAUGACUGGAACCAGAACAGAGCUAAACAAGCUAUCAAUCAGGGGAGAUCUCCAGUUAUAAUAGACAACACUAAUACACAGGCUUGGGAAAUGAAACCAUAUGUGGAAAUGGCCAUAGGAAAAGGAUACAGAGUAGAGUUUCAUGAACCUGAAACUUGGUGGAAAUUUGAUCCUGAAGAAUUAGAAAAGAGGAAUAAACACGGUGUGUCUCGAAAGAAGAUUGCUCAGAUGUUGGAUCGUUACGAAUAUCAAAUGUCUAUCUCUAUUGUAAUGAAUUCAGUAGAACCGGUGCACAAAAGCACACAAAGACUUCCUCCCUCAGAGGAGAAACAGAGGUGGGGAGGCUCUCUAGGCUCACACAAUCAACUAUGUGUCACAUACAAUCAAUAAGGUGGCUAUUUUCAGCUAACACAUUUGUUGCUUGCCCUUAAAAAACAUUAAUGAGCCUUUCUUGAAGUUUAAAGUUUUAGAUUAAAAAAAAAAAAAAGACUACAUUGCCCCACAGAAAAUGUUCCCAGCAGUUGUUUAAAUUCUAAAGUGUAAAUAAAAAUUAUGUAAAAUUGUA